AGUGUCUCUACGGACAGUGGCACAAACACAGAUGAAGUAGCUGUCACGAUCAAAUAGUUUUAUCGACGCACUAUUAUUCUGAUCAAAGUGUCUAGCAUGAUACUACUCUCUCUUCUCUUUUUCCCUUCUUUCUUGUACUGGAGAUGAGCGCGACAAUGUAUGCCUUUGCCCGCUCGUCUCCGGCAGCAGACACUACCGCAAAGGAUUCUGCAUCUAACAACCGCCAAGCGAGUCGUUAUAUUUUAUGGGUGCUGUGCGUAAUCUUGCCGAUGUGUGUGCUGGUGUCUCGUACGCACUUCCUCCAUUCUACCAUGUCGCACGAAAGUGACUCUGUUCAACUCAGAAGUCUUACGGAACAAAUGUGCAGUGUGCACGCGAGUUGCGGCGUUAACAACACGUGCUUCACCACAAAGCCAACGGACAAUGCCGUGUUGAUGCUCUACACGCCCACUAGCAAAUCAUCGAGCUUCUGUUACAGCGACGGCAACGGCGACGCGGCCACGACGGCGGAGCGGGAGUUCCUUCGCGUGGCCGCGUCGUACGUGUCGUCGCCGUACACCAAGCCGUCGAGCCCGUACUACGACUUCUUCCGUGCGCACGACGCGACGCUGUGGACGGUGGACCGCGCAGCGCGUGUGGCGACGCCGAUGCGUCUAGACGUUGUGUACACCUACGUGAACCCCAGCGCGCCGUCGUUCGCGCGGCACCUGCGGAUGCGCAACGUCCCCUUCGAGCAGCGCCGCUACCGCGACUGGGAGGAGCUGCGGUACUCGCUGCGGUCGCUGCACGCGUUCGUGCUGAACAACGGCGCGCUGGCGCAGUACCACCGUCGCCACGCAGCGGACGUGCGGCGCCUGGGCGAGCUUGGGUACCGCGUGAACGCGAGCGAGGUGGGGGACGGCGGCGUGGUGCCGCUUGUGCGCCGUGUGUACCUUGUGGUGUCCGACGUGGACCAGGUGCCUGCGUGGCUGGAUGCUGAGAGAUUUCCCCAGCUGCGCGUGGUGACGCACCGGGACAUGUUCACCGCUGAGGAGGCGGAGUGGGUGCUGCCGACGCUGAACUCGAACGUGAUCGAAUCCGGGCUGCACCGCAUUCCUGGCGUUUCUCGCUUCUUUUUCUACAUUGCCAAUGACAUGUUUGUGGGUCGCAAGGUGUCCUUCUUUGACCUGUUCCGCCCCCUGUCGCCGCCACGUCAGAUACUGGAGAUGGCCGAUCUUGUGGACGGUACAACGACGAAUGUUGGUGCCAGCAACGCACACGAGCAGGGGAUAGAACGCAGGCCGCUCUUCUUUGAGAGCAUCCUUCACAGCGACGGGUACACACCCCAACCAAAGCGGUCUCUACUGUCGGUUGCUGCGGCCAGUGUGCUCCCGUCGUCGGUGUGCACGCGCGCGGCGGAGCGCGGUGUGUCGGACCAAUGGCACAACCGCUUCAUUCAUUCACUUUGUGUACCGAAUCGUCUCCCUCUUCCCAAUAUGAAGGACACGAACAGGCUGAACCACAUGGCACGCUACCGUAUUCAGAACGAAUUACCCGGCGUGACACCGUCGAUAGAGUACGCGCACAUGCCACACGUUUUAGAUCGGGAGAUGUUGCAGAUGAUGCUGGAGGACAAAGAGGACGGCUUUGGGGACGCUGUGAGGGACAUGAGAGCAGCAUAUCUGCGCAGCAUGAACAGCUUCUCACAGGCCCACAUCUACGAGUCUUUUUCCCUGGCUGUGCGGCGGUCGCGAACAGGGUCGCUGUGGUGUCAAAGCGAUGCACGGUGUGCGGCCACGCUCGCCGAGGUACAUCCACGUAUUGCGCGAAAGUGGCGGCGUGUGCGAGCUACUUUCUGUCCCCAUCACCCACUUCAUGGAGGGAGCCAAAACGUACGCCUGCAGCACGCUGAGCUGCUACAGCGUUGGAGCCUCUACGAGUCUGCGUGGUUGACGGACACUGUAAAGGCGAUCGGAACGCAAAAUGAGACUUCUGUUGGUGGCGCGAAAAGUCAAGCAAACCUAGAGAAGAACUGCGGUUCGUGUACUUCAUCUCCAAGUUCAGGUACCACUGCCCCCGGUCGCCUUUACAGUCCGUCGCAACCUGUCAAGACGCUUUUCUCCGAAGCCACGGCGCGCGCGCCCGAGUCGGUGACCGCCGAGCUCUUCACAGGAUGUCACUUCGACGGCGCUGUUGACCCGUCACGCGUACAGUCGCUUGUGCUUGACGUGCACCACCACGUCUCCACCCGCGACAAAACGUUUCUCUUUUUCAUCGUGGAAGACCUGCAGAGGCUUGCGAUCUCGCUCUCCAAGGUUGAGCACAUGAUAAGCGUCGACAAAGACGCGGUGGAGCAGGCAAUAAAUGCCUCCUCUGCGCACCACGACUCUCAUGCGUCUAAUCUGCCGCUCUUCAUUACCGUGAACGACGAUUUAGGCGACAGCGUGCUCGCACCGCAGGUGCGCUCCAGCGAGCUAAUCGGGUUUAACGAGUCCCUUCUCACGGAGACGUUGUUUCGCCGUUUAUUGUGGCUUUCAUCGUGCAUGGCACCUAAGGCUCCAUGGGAGCGUUGCGGUGCUUUUGACGACAGUUGA